GUGGCAGGAAGAGAGUUAUAUAUCUCCAUUCUCCACUUCUGCAAACAUCAGCUCGCAGCCUCCACAACCGCAUCAGCUUCCUUUCAGGGCUCAGGAAAGCGGAAACAGAGGAGUUGCAAAUCUGCCCCAAGUUCACCAUGAAUUCCCUCAGUGAAGCAAACACCAAGUUCACAGUGGGCUUCCUCCGGGAGUUGGGAACGUCAGCAGACAAUGCCUUCUUUUCGCCUUUCAGCAUCUCCUCUGCCUUGUCCAUGGUCUCCUUAGGGGCCAAGGGAAACACUGCACGGGAGAUUAAGGACGUGCUUCACUUCAAUGAAGUCACUGGGGAGAAAACAAAAACGGCUACCACCAGUCAGGCUGAAGAGUCAGGAAUUGUGCAUCAACAGUUUCAAAAGCUGCUGAAGAAAUUCAACAAACCCAGUGAUGCAUUUGAGCUGAGGAGUGCCAACAGUCUUUAUGGAGAAAAGACUUUCCAAUUUAUUCAGGAAUACCUGGAUAAUGUGAAGAAAUUUUACCUGGCCAAUGUGGAAUCCCUUGAUUUUGCAAACAAUGCAGAAGAAAGCCGGAAGAAGAUUAAUGCCUGGGUGGAAAGCCAGACAAAUGACAAAAUCAAAGACCUGUUUCCUGAUGGUAGUCUUGAUCAAAGCACCAUCUUGGUUCUGGUGAAUGCAAUCUAUUUCAAAGGGCAGUGGCUUCAGAAGUUUGAAAAGGAAAAUACUCAAGAAGGAACUUUUUGGCUGAACAAGGAUGUGAGCAAACCUGUGCAGAUGAUGAGCCAAACUAAGCAUUUUAGGUUUGCAUCCCUGGAGGAUGAGCAGGCCAAGAUCCUGGAAAUACCUUACAAAGGCAAAGAGCUGAGCAUGGUUCUCCUGCUUCCCAAUGAAGUGGAUGGCCUGCAGAAGCUUCAAGAUAGUCUCACCGCUGAGAAACUAAUAGCCUGGACAAGUGCACAGAAUAUGUCAGAGAUAAAGUUGUACUUACGCUUACCACGGUUCAAGUUGCAAAAGACCUAUGACCUCAAGGCCACAUUACAACGCCUGGGGAUGGUGGAUGCCUUCAGUCCCCACAAGGCCGACCUCUCAGGCAUGAGUCAGGGCAGGCGUCUUGCAGUGACUAAAGCCUUUCACCAGUGCUUGGUGGAGGUGACUGAAGAGGGAACAGAGGCUGCGGCUGCCACUGGUGUAAGCAUUGCUAAAACAUCAGCACUCAUACGAGAAGAAUUCUGCUGUGAUCACCCUUUCCUCUUCUUUAUCAGAGAAAAUAAGACCAACCUUAUUCUCUUCUUUGGCAGAUUUGCUUCCCCUUAAGUAUGAUGACUUUGUCCCUACUUUGGGAAAAAGUUCACAAACAUUUUCCUAGUAAAUUGAUGGCUAAAGAUAACUGAUUCUCUUUCUUUGUUUACCUUCCCAGUUUCAUGGGCACUACUGAAAAUGCAGCAGCGGAAAUAGCAUGUUUCUUUAUUUUUCCCUCUCAACAUAAGCAUAUAUAUGUAUAUAUAUAUAUGCUUCUCUUUUUCUCAUAAAAAAUUCUCUUGAGGCACAGUGCUCAAAGUUAAAGUGAAAUGAUAUUUCACUUCUAGUUCUUAUAAAUUUGAAAAAUGAUUCUGCUUGUGAGCUGUUUUAAAUGAUCCAAACCUAUCCUCAUCUUGAAAAGUACAAUAAUAUCUCACUUACCUAUAUUUCCACAUUUUCCUGAGUCUAGGAACUAUCUGAGAUCUUGCUUAUAUUUUUGA